AGAUUAAUAGAACCAUAAAAUUUUUCCUUUUUUUUUCUUAAAGCGAUAUAGUUUUGGGCUAGCUAGCUACAUUGAACCAGAGAGACAACUAAGCAUGAAGAUUCUGGUGGCCGUGAAGCGAGUCGUCGAUUAUGCAGUGAAGAUCAGAGUCAAGCCCGACAAGAGCGGAGUGGAGACACAGAAUGUUAAAAUGUCAAUGAACCCAUUUUGCGAGAUAGCUUUAGAAGAAGCACUUAGAAUUAAGGAAGCUGGAUUGGCAUCUGAAGUUGUUGCUGUCAGCAUGGGUCCGAAGCACUGUGUUGAUACGCUGCGGACAGGUCUAGCUAUGGGAGCUGAUAGAGGGAUUCAUGUUGAGGCCAAUGAAGCUUUGUAUCCACUUACUGUAGCCAAGGUUUUGAAGGCUCUUGUGGCUCUGGAGAAACCUGGAUUGAUUAUUAUGGGGAAACAGGCCAUUGAUGAUGAUUGCAAUCAAACAGGGCAAAUGGUGGCUGGAUUACUAGGUUGGCCUCAAGGAACAUUUGCUUCAAAGGUCUUGCUUGAUAAGGAGAAACAAGUAGCAACAGUAGAAAGAGAAGUGGAUGGUGGUCUUGAGACUUUGUGUCUAGACUUACCUGCAGUAAUCACCACUGAUUUGAGACUGAACCAACCAAGGUACGCAACUCUGCCGAACAUCAUGAAAGCCAAAUCAAAGGUCAUAAAAAAAUACACCCCAGAAGAGUUGAACGUGGAAACUAAAUCUGAUAUAGAGAUCAUUGAAGUUACAGAACCUCCCAAGAGAAAAGCUGGGGUUAUAGUUUCUUCUGUGGAUGAAUUGAUUGACAAGCUUAAAAAUGAAGCUCGUGUCAUUUGAUUAUUCAGGAAUUUGACUGAUUUCUCAUUGGAAUGCCCCUUGAUAAUUGUCUGAGGUCUUUAGACAGUAAAUAGUUGUAUACUAGCUUCUGGCUAAAUAAAAAAAAUGCUGAUUUACUCUGAAGCAAAAUCAAAUAAAAUCAAUUGAAUAAAAUUUCCCACCCUUUCCGUUUCUCA